CCUAAGGUUUUGAUGAUGUUUUGUAGGGAAUGACCUGGAAUGACAGAAUGACAGUGACAAAACAACAAAUAAAUAAGUAGUAUAAGUAGAAAUAAAUUUUAUAAAAUGGGGUUUUUAACUGUUUUAAAAAAGAUGAAGCAAAAAGAAAAGGAGAUGAGGAUUUUAAUUUUAGGUUUAGACAAUGCUGGGAAAACAACUAUUUUAAAACGAUUUAAUGGGGAACCUAUUGAUACCAUUUCACCAACAUUGGGAUUUAAUAUAAAAACACUAGAACAUAGAGGCUUUAAAUUAAACAUGUGGGAUGUUGGUGGGCAAAAAUCAUUGAGAUCUUAUUGGAGAAAUUAUUUUGAAUGCACAGAUGGACUGAUUUGGGUUGUAGAUAGCGCAGAUAAGAGAAGAUUAGAGGAUUGUAUGAAAGAACUUCAUGCUCUAUUAUUAGAAGAAAGAUUGGCAGGCGCAACAUUACUUAUAUUUGCAAAUAAACAAGACUUGCCAGGAGCUUAUAACAUAGAUCAAUUAAAAGAGUCAUUGGAGUUGGACAAAAUCAAGACACACCAUUGGAAAAUUAUUUCAUGUAGUGCUGUAACAGGAGAAAAUUUACUGGAAGGAAUAGACUGGCUUAUAAAUGAUAUUGCUGCUAGAAUUUUUACAUUAGAUUAAAAAUAUAUUAAUAUAUCUCUCCAUUAAUAUUUUGUGCCUAAAGUAUAUACUAAUUCUGUGGUACCAUCUAAAUUAAACUAUUCUAAAAGAUUUUUUGUAUUAAAACAUAUUUUUUUUA